CCGCGGCGUCUUCGGGCUGUGGCGGCGGCGCGGCUGGAACCAGCGGGGCGGCUCAAGAGGGCCAGUAGCGAGGACAUGCUCAACAAACCGGGAAGUACCGCCGCUUCCGGGGUGGUUCGACUGAAAAAGACUUCAACAGCUGGAGCCAUCUCUGAGCUUGCAGAGAGCCGCCUGCGGAGCAACCCAGUUAAGGAAAGGGAACGUUCCAUGCCAGCUGCACCUUGGUCAAGCUCUGUGUUAAUGCUCACGGACUCUCAGACAUCUCAGAGGACAUUCCAGCAUCAAAGCAGGCUCGCAUCCAAAAAGGCAUCCGUGUCCUCGCCUGCCCACGUGCCUAUCCGUUCCCGGUUACCUGCAUCAGACACAGCAUACCUGCGGCUUCAGCCUAAGAUGCUUGUUCUCUUUGAUGUGGGAAGGCACUAACGCCACUAACUCAGAAGUAUCCACGAGGUGAAAAUGACACAGAGG